AGUGGGACCACUGAGAUAUCUCUCCAGUCUCACUUUAAUGCUUUAAUUUAAUAAUUGUGAUUUCGAAAAACGCGAGUCCAAAAAAAGAAAAUCGAGAUCGGAAACUCCGCACGGUUCCCGCCUCAACCAAAUCAAAAACCCUAAUUUCCCCACCAAUCAGAUCCUCCACAAUUAUCCCACCGACGAAUCCUAUCAAUCUCUCUAGAUGACUGAAGAUAGCAGCAAAUCAGUGUCGGAACAAACCCGACCCGUUUUGAGUGAUUUGACGAAUCUUCCAAAGAAAAGAGGGAUUUCAUCGAUUUUGGGUGAUUUGCUUGAUGAAUCUGGUAAGACCGUUGCUCAUGAAGUUUCAAAAGAGAAGUUUUCAAAGAGGUUGUGUUUAGUCGUAGAUGAUUUGGUUAAGGAAAAUGCUACACCUUUGGAUACAAUUCAAGGGUCUUGUUCGUUUGAUAAGAAUACUUCUGGUGAUGCUGUUGACAAAGAAGAGUAUCAUGAUGCUGUAAUGGAAUUCUCCAGUGGAGAUUGCAAAGCAUUGAAGGAAAGCAAGUCUAUACAGAUCUAUUUUGAACCUGGUGAUAGAGACGGUGCACGAGAGUUAAACGCAGCUGCUAAUGCGGAUCAAACCGAUGUUACUGGUGGAGAAGGCUUGGCUUUAUCUUUGUUAACUAGCGAUACCGAGAGCCGGAAUCUACUGAAGACUGGGAAGGAGUUGUCUGAUUGUCAGAAUUUGAGAUCAUUUGAAAUGAGUAGAUGCUCCAAUGUUAAGAAUAAGGAGCAUGUGAAUCUGAAUACAGGAGAUGACUUGCUUAGAUCAUGCUGUUGUUCAUUCUGUCUCACAGCUUCGUAUAUUUGGUCAGAUCUUAAUUACCAGGAUAGCAAAGGACGAUUAUCCGCCAUGAAGAAGAGUCAGAAAGCAGCUAGCAACUUGAUUCAAGGGAAUGUUAAAGAAAGAUCUACAGAUUUUCAUGCCACGGGAAACUCAGUUUCUGCAAAACAAGAAUCCAAGCUCAUGGCCCAGUGGAGGUCGCUCUUUCUUAGCAUGGGCGAUAUCCUCAGUGAAGAGAGUAGCCACCUUCAAAACAGCUUUGUGAGAAUGAAAAAAUUGCGAGACGAUUGCAAGAUGGAUUUAGAGAGAGCAAUGAAAAAACCUCAACAACACAACACCCAGUAAGUACUCUUACACAUACUGUUAUGAAUCCAACUUCUCUUUCUGGAAAUUUUUAUAAGUAUCUGGAUGCAAUGUAUAGAUGCUUAAAAUCGUAAAUGAUUAUGGAUGUGUGCAACUAUUGUUGGGGUUGUUAAGUUCUUCUAUCAAACUCCUUGCGUUCUUCAAGAAAACAGUUACUACUACACACAUGUCUCUUUGUGUUACUUUGGCAUUGAGACCGUUCUGUUUUACUUUGUGAUGACAUAGACUCAAGUAUAAGGUUGCAACUGGUGUCCGCUCGUAGUGAUAAUCUUACAAAAUUCUUGAUAAGUAACAUCUAA